CACACGGACGUGCGACAAAAUGCGAGCCUCAAUGGUCGUUGUGCGCCUGACAUCUACGGCCCUCCAGCUUUCUCUUUACCCAACAAUCCACACGCGCUCCUAGACAUACGGCGCGUGUACCAAUCCCACUCCCAAAACUAUUCCUUACGACUUUUUUUGCCUUAAAUAUUUGUUUUCUACCUUAAAUAUUUGUCAAAACUCUCUAUUUGGUUUAUUCUCUUCCUCUUCCUUCUCUCUGCUUUUGAAACAUUCCUGUGAGUGAAUUCGAUCGAAUAAAACAAAAGAGUGGGUAACAAAAUGGAUAUGGCAACGGUAACGAAAUAUCUGGAGAGAUCGGUGCAGAAUUGUUCAUUGAGUAACAAGAUAAGGAGUUUCGAAGAUGAGCUUGGUCUGACGGACGAGAGCGAAGAAGAUCAUGUCCCGAUCUUAGAUAGAACGUUGGAGCUCAAUUCUCACAUCCCUGUUCCUUCACAUUUGGAACAUUGUCUUGAUCUUAAGACAGGAGAAAUUUUCUACAUAAACCGGAACAACCGAAUGAGAGUGAUGGAAGAUCCAAGGAACUCGGUUAGCAACAACAAUGCAGGUGAAUUUAGUGGAGAGUCUGAUGUAACUGUGUUUUCAGAAGAUGACAGCUUGUCCUAUUAUGAGAGCGAAGAGUCAUCAAGGGAGAGUCACAUAGAAGAGGAAGAAGAACAAGUUCUUGUGGUUGCUGGUUGCAAAGCUUGUUUAAUGUAUUUCAUGGUACCUAAACUCUUAAAUGAUUGCCCCAAAUGUUCAGCUCAUCUUCUCCGCUUUGAUCGACCUCACUCUGCUUCUCCUUAAACCUCUUAUUUACUGUUGUUUUUCCCUUUCUUUUUCAGUCUCUUCACACAAGCUUUUAGUUUUCCUUUCAUUUUCUUAACUCGAUCAUUUUCAUCUCAUAGACUCUAUAUGUAUAAAGUAUUGGCCGUGUUCUGUUUCA